UGCAACCGACCAUCUGAAAAAUUUAUAUUUCCCGCGUUAUCAUUUUCACGUCUCAAUUCAAAUCUCUCUCAAGCCGAACGUCUCUGCUGCGAAAGAUUCUGAAUCUGUGUAUGUUUCGUCUUCUACCGAUUUAUUAUUCGAAAAUUCAAUCAAUUUUGAUUGCUGCCUCCUUUGGUUGUAAUCUCUUAUCUUUUCGCUCUGAAACUUAUGAAAUUCAAGUCGUAUGUUUUGUUUUUGUUUUUCGUUUGACUCAAUACGUCUGUCGUGAUCGAUUUUGUUCUUUCUUAGUAGCUUUUAAUGGUGACUUGAAUAAUUGGUUCGCUUUGUGCGGAGUUUUAGUAGUCUGUGUUUGUAUGGUGUUUCUUGAUUCUCAGCUGCAAAUUUAUGCCCUGCGAUCCAAUGACCUAAAGUAUGCCUUAUUACCAUUUUUACCUUAGUAUUUUGGUUAUGAUCUACAGAUCUGGGUUGGAUGAUAAUAAAUUUCAACCAUUGAAGUGCUAAUUGCGGCUUUUGAGUGCGUGAUUUAUGUUCGAUUUUUUGUAUAGAGUUCUCCUUAUGGACGCUUGGAAAUUUGCUGAUCCUUGUGGUAGGUACGUUUCCGAGUUAGUUCAGGGAUUUCUAUUGUUUAUCAUGACAGUGACGGAACUACUUGAUUUUGUCAACUUAAAAUAGUCUACAUUAUCAUCGUUAUUAUGGGGGAGGAUUUGGACCAUGAAGAAAAUCUAUAACUGGAAUUAGGUUUUCUGGACGGUUUUAUUUCCACUCAAUAAAACAAAAGGGUAAAAAAUUGAAAUGCAGCCAUGCGCGAACAAUUUGGUAGUUUCCUGUGUAGCAUCUGUCGCGAUAACAUGAAAUGCACACAGUUACAUGACGACAAAGUUUGCUGACUCUUAGCCGUUUCAGGUUCUGCCAUCUUAAUUUUCCUUUUUGGAUAUAUAGCUCAAGGAACUCUCCUCAGAUCCUAUUCAGUGGUGGAAAGUUGAAACAUAAUGAAAACAGACAGGCACCCAGAUGGAAGGGCAGAAAAGUUGGGGAAAAGAGCAGAUGACUUGAAGAAUGCACAGAGUUCGGUUGAUCGAACUAAUCCGACAGAAAUGACAGAGAGGUCACCUCUUCUUCAUCGCACAAAGAUGCCCCACCCUCGCACAAAGAUCAAGCUUCAACUUUUUCCAAUAAAUGAAAAGACCCGCAUAGCAUUGGAAAAGGAUGGAUAUCACCCACAUUUGGAACUGACUUUAAGGGCUCGAAAGAAAAUGUCUUCGGUAUUUAAUCAUCUUAUUAGCAAAUGGGGAUGUUCUAAUGCAGCACGAGGGGAGCUCACACUUUUUCCAUACAGUAAGCCAUCAAAUCUUGUCUGUGGUUUAAAAUGGACUCUGAAAGAUAGUGACAUCAGUGCUGGAGAUGUCUAUGCAGCUGUUGGAGGUUCUUCAAUUUUCCGCUUAAGGUACGGCUGGGUCUCCACAUCCAUUCCUAAACUUCAUUCAUCCUCGAAAGGCUUGGAGAGAGGUUGCAGUAGUAUCGUGCGUAUCAUAGAUGGCGAAUGCAAACAAUCUGAGCAAAUUGUGGAUGAGAUCAAGUCAAGCAAUAUGAAUGAUCUGAAUAACCCUGCUGCACCAGAGAAGAUAGUGGAUUGUCCAUUUAAUCCAAUGGGUAAUGAGCCACCGUUAGAUUAUGAUCAUCAGUUGUCAUCAGAAUGUGGAAUCCUGCAGUUAGAUAGUAUAUCAAACAUAAGCAUGGGAGGCCUCUUGUCUGAAGCUUCCUUAUUGGGAAAAUGCAGUAGCUGGAAUUUAAAGGUAACAGGGGGCAAUGCAGGCGUGCAGCCAGUUGAAGUAAUUACUGAUUCCCUUGAUGCAUGCAUUGCUGCGGCCAAGAUGAGAUUUUCUGAAGUUCCAAAGCAGCACCAUAGUGAUCAACAUUCGUCUAUUUUGGAUGCUGAGCAGACUUGUGAUGCAUUUGCUAUGAAAAGGCUCUCUUCGUCGAGCAAAAAUACUCCUCUAGAUGCCAGAUCUUGGGGCACCUUCGAAGAGGCUGAUUCCAAGUUAUUCAAAUUUCCUAAAACACCUCAGGCCCGUAACCGAUCUGAGCUUUCUCAAGAUCCCGCUGAUAAAGAAUCCAAGACUGAUCUGAUGUUCUGUUCGCGGGUUUAUCAUGAUGAAAGCAGCCUUGGGCUGUCAAGAAUCAAUUGGAGCGACUCCUUGGGACCCUUUGAUCUUGACUUGCCUGUUUCCCGCUAGGUCUCCUCCAGUGGUGAUGGUCUUAGCAUGAGUGAAUUUGUCAGGUACCAAUAAGAUUAUAGAACCAACUCUAUCAUAUAAAGACAAUGUAUAGUUAAGGACUUGGCCAACAAUUAUAUUUACGGUCAUUUCCAAAUAUUCUGGUAUGUGAUUUGCAACUGUA